GGGGCUCUAGAAGACUACUUACACGAUCUAAAUACAGAAGCACAGUGCUUUUAUUAUUCUUAGAACCUUGGCCAUUUUAUACCUUGGAAACGGGUAUAUUAGGCCUCUCCCGCUUCUUCUGCUCAAUGCCCCUGUAUCAAUCCGCACGAUUAGGAGCAAAAGCAUUCCACUCUUGAAGGGGAAAACUCGCUCCUGGCACUCGUUUUGCCUCAUCCAUAUAUCCCCAGCAAUGUUGUGUCUGAGGCAGCUACUCUUCAUGGGGCUUCUCCCCCUCUCCCAUGUCGGAGCAUAUGACUUGCGCAACGUACUCCCUUUAUCAACUCCAGCACAAAAAUCAGGCCCCGUCCCCACGGCUCCCGCCGCCAUCCCUGCGAGAACAAACAGCAACAUCGGCGUCUGGACCUCAACAGCCCUUCAAGAAAUAAUCAAAGAAAGAGACGAGCACGCCGCGCGGGGGCAUCUUGCUGAAAUCGAGCAGAGAGACCAAUUCAUCUUCGCCCUCUGUCCCAAAUCGUGGAGAGGUGGCGUCCCCAAAGCAUGCUCUGAAUGUGGGAACGAUACCGUCGUCCCCGGCCAGUGCGACCAGAUCAUGUUCACUGGAAGCCAGGAGCGCUGCCAGUUUUCGGGCGGCUGCGGUGUGUAUUGUCAGUGCGUCCCAGGCGCCGUGGAUAUUACCCCCGGCAAACUCACGUCCAUUACCACCGUCAGCGGCCAGGCUGGGACAGUAGUCUAUGAGGCCCUCACGCUAGCCGAGUAUAGCGGCUUGAAAGCAAGCACGACUGUUACCAUCACUGAUCUCGUCGCAACGAGCACCGACAGUAGUGCCGAUAUGGAAACUUUUGUUGCUGUUGUCGUAGCUGGUGGUAUCGCGUGGUGGGUCGCAGAACAGUUUGGCGCGGCAGCAGCGAUCGCAGCUAUACAACCACCCUCUGAGCUGCCAGAUGGUGGAGAGGAAGACGACCAAGUGUGCCAGAAGGAUCCAAAAGAGGACUGCGCUGAUUGCGGAGGAGCCAACAGCGUAAAGCUGUGCUCGUCAGGGGCUGAGGUUGGCUGUCCAUGCGAUGAAAACCAGAAGUGCCCCGACGAGCCGCCUCGAUGUACCGAUGCUUCUUGCGGAGGUGAUAAUGGACAGUCGCAGUGUUCCGCGAGGGGUGCCAUCAAUGGUUGCACGUGCUGCCCAAGCACAACGAUCUCCUGCUCCGACAACAAUUGCAACGGGGACGGUUUCUCCCAGUGCCAGGCGGAGACAUACCAUGGUUGCGGAUGUCUGUGGCUAGGCAAUGACGGCACGGACGUGGAUAUCGAAAACGACGAUCCCGGUGCCAUUACGCCGGACCAGCUGUCCUCGCUGGUGGCCGCGGUUUUCACCACAGCCUGGGGUGCUAUGUCCAGCUCUGUACCGGGCCUUCUGCAAGAUCCCACCGUCGUUAGCUGCCCAUACGCAAGUUACACGCCCACCACGAGCCUCAACACGGGGACCGCAUCGGUCACUUUCCUGCCCGCUACCAAUUGCUACUGCAGAUGUGGACCGACCAUCACGCCGCAGUACUGGGGAACCAAUUCAGACCAUAGCACUACCAGCUGGUGCAUGCAGGGCACUACCGCUCCCGGCGACUACACAUUUGUCACUCUGGGGUGUGAGCCUAGUGCUGCUACUGUCCCGACAACGGCACUUCCAACAACGACGGCUCCUGCCCCAGUCAAAAUGCCGCCUCCCAACACCACCUGUAACAAAAACUCGGAUUGUAGCCAGUACACAUGCACGGGCGGAUCGGCUGCAACAUGCGUGGCUGGAGCAGCAGGCGAUCCGUUCACUUUGCUGUGCCAAUGUUGAGUCAAGAAGAGGUUCCGAUUAUGUAGAUAAAUACAUUCACGAUCAUUCCUUUAUCGCUGACUGAUUCCGCUGCUUCAUAUCUCAUAAUGACCAGGCCCCUAUGAUCAUUUACGUGUGUUUGAAAUGGUCGGGUAUCACGAACACACUGCCAUUCCGUGAUAAGCUGAAGGCUUCUUGUCUCCUUGACAGCAAAUCCAUCCACGUAAAAUUUUGCGGGAUAGCCGGCGCGAUGCUCCCUUGGGUUGGAAGAGGUGUGGCCUCAAUAAGCAUGCUCGAACUAGCUGUGGAGGAGACUGCAGUGGUGGGUAAACGCUGGCCGCCGAGAGGAUGAUAAUCUGGGCCG